GAGAAGGCAACGAAACAGACGCAGCUCAGCCAGAUCACUCGCAGAGAGCUGCAGCGGAUCAGCAACGAGCGCCUGUCCCGUCCUGCCAUCCUGCGAGCUUAGCUGUACGCCCGACCUGAGCGGUCAGCUGAAAGGCGCUCGGACUACGACGUCGACGAGGAGACAGCUGCCAAGGCGACCGAUAGCUCAGCAUGGGCCAGCAACAGUCUGCGCCGCCAUCGGCAGGUCCUACUUCGCCAGUACAGCAGGCUGGCUUCACUCACCAGCGAUCAGAGCGCCGAAGCAGAAGGAGCCCUUCGUCCAGCGCCAGGCAACGACACGAUUCUCCUUCUCAGGCCUCCCGACGGAGCCAGCACAGCAACAACAGCAACAGCAGUCUUUCGACCCAGGAGGAAGAAGACGAGGACGAGAGGGUCCAAACUCGGAGGAGGACGAGCGAGGAGCGACCCCCUCUGGACCGCAAUCCUUCCUCCUCGACGAGCUCGACUCACACGAUCACCUCUCUCAAUCGCCCUCAUCGUCAGUCGUCUCGUCUGACAGGGUUGAGUAGCGGGAGCAGCGCUAGCGGGCAAAGCAGAGUCAAAGCGCUCACUCAAGACGGACGCCGAAAAUCGAUCGCCUUGCCCGACCUCGACCCGGCUCUACUCGGGCCUUCUGCGUCAUCGCUGUCACCGACCGGCGAAUCUGCCUCGAGGAGGAUACAGAACGCAUUCUAUCAGCGCGGGAACGCAGGCCCUGCUUCGAUGGGUCAAACACUCUCUGCGCCUGCGGGCGCUCUCGAUGACGAAAGCGAUCUUCAGACCAGCAGCGAACCUGGCCCCUCGCGCUGGCGAAGGUCACUCUCACAGAAGCGUUCGAGUGGGAGCGGGACGAGAGAGAGGACCGCUAGCGCGGCCAGUGCAGCGAGCAGCAACAUCAUUGGCACGCAGCAUCAGAACUCGCCCAAUUCCUCCUCCCCCAGUCAUCUGCCCGAGCCCCGACCGGGCAGCUCCCAGUCGGGCUUCAGGUCACCCUCGGACUCAUCGCUCUCUGUAUCACAACAGCAACAGGGUACCUCGCCCACCAAUCGGGCAGGGCCAGGGAUCGAGUUUGCAAAGUCGACAGCCUCGACCCAGACAUCGUUCGUCCAUCAUAACGAUCACGAGCUCGGCGCUGCCGCCUCUUCCACUAGCUCCCUCUUGCCGCCUCCGCUUGGCUAUACAUACGACCGGUACAUCGAUGGCCAAUCGAGACCAUCGACUGAGUCUGACGAUGCAUCGGCGCCAAGCCAAGCAGCCAGCUCCUCAGAGAAUGGCAGAGACUCCCUUGAGACCGGCAUGACAUCACAGCCACUUUCUCGGGAUCCAUCUUCGGGUAACGCUGUCUUGUCGCCCAUGUCGGGCACGCCCAAAGCCAUCGCGUCUGCUUACGACGAGUCCAACGAAGAAAGCCAGCCUGUCGACCUCGAGCACUUUUCUCCACCCCAGGUCUCUGCGGAGAUCGAUUCCAACCAGCUCAAUGCGUUCAAUAUGACCCAACUGCCGCCUCUGCAAGUGCCUCAAGAUACAAUCGUUGCGCCCCUCUUUCCUGCCAACGUCGCUUUGCCGCCGCCUAUCGCGCUGCCACUUGUCGGAUCUGCAUUCGCCAAGGACGGCUCAGGCAAGCCAGCAAAUGAGCAAGGCGAUCGUCCCUUGGACGCUAGUCCAAAGACGAGAUCGCGCGUCAACAGUGCCAACGCAGGCGAGGCGCUCGCACAGCAUCAAACACUCGAUCAACUUACCGGCUUAGCCGGGCUUGAUCAGAAUGCAAUGGUCAAUGCCAUCUCGCCCGAAGAGUCUACGCUUGUCUCGCCCAUUCCCAUCUUACCGCCCAACGUCAUGACGGCGGCGGCGCCCAUCGCUGCGCUCACCAAUCUCGCCAAUCCUGCUGCGGCAGAAGCAGUCAAGAACGCUACUGUCGAUCUCGGAGCAGGUCCAGAAGGCGUGCCCACGCUACUCACUUGGCGUCCCGGCAACCGAAUAGGAGGCGAAGGCGGCCCGGAUGGCACGGGCGAAGGCGCGAGUAAGAAGGGACCGGAACGCGUCUAUGUGACCGGCACAUUUGCCAAUCGAUGGCAAACUAAGAUCGAACUUUCCAAGAAAUCGAACGCAACUGACUUCUCUGCCCUCAUAUCGCUGCCGCCUGGACCUCAUCGUCUCAAGUUCAUCGUAGACAAGCAAUGGAAGACGAGCAAGAAUUUGCCCUCUGCGACAGAUCAAGACGGCAAUUUGAUCAAUUAUCUUCAAGUACACCCGUCUGGACAGCGUGGUAUUCCACGCGUCGUCACUGCGCCGACGGAUGAUUCAGAAGAAGAGGAGGAUCCAGAAGAGCACAUCUGGUGCUCUGAUAUCCCACCCGAGCUCAUCGCAUACGGCGAGGCUUCGGAUGCGGCGGAGGACGCGAUCGAACAGUAUCUCAGCAGCCAGCAAGGCGAGCCCACCGACGAGACGCCCGAGCAAGCGAGGGAGAGGAUAAACAAACGAUAUUUGCCGUCCCUCGUGCAGCCACCUGCGUUACCUGCACAGCUCGAGCGAGGCGUGCUCAACUCGACCGCGCUUGUUCCUCAAGGCAGCGGUGAUGAUCCGAUGAUCCUGCCUAAACCGGAUCACAGCGUCAUCGAUCAUCUUGCAGCCAGUCCCAUCAAACAGGGUCUCCUAUGUGUGGGCAUCACUAAGCGAUACAAACGAAAGGCAGGCGUGCUCGGGUCAGCAUCUGCUCCUAUGCUGACUUUGUAUUCCGUUUGCAGUACGUCACCACGGUAUUCUACAAGCCCAUUCAGGCGAUGCUUCCUGCACAGCCAUAGACGAAGCUCGCCACCACUGAUCUGUCAAGAUGUGUGCAAUAGGGGGACGAAAUGUCAAGUGUUUUGUAGCUUCUACACAUGCAAUACAUUGGAAACAUAACUUUCAGUCACACAGCGUGGGAUGCGAAUAGUUGCGUAAUGUCUGAAGCGCA